UUCUCUUCCUCUCUCCCGCCUGCCCGCCCGUCUCGGUCGCGAAAACAAGGAAAAGGGGAGAAGAAAAUUUGGUGUUUUAAUUGUGAAUUUUCUGGUCUAGUGAUAACUUUUCAGCGCAAGUCUCAUUCAGAACACUAUUUCGGGACUUGACGCAGUUCAAAAUGGUUAUCAGAGUUUAUGUUUCUGGUAUUUCGGGGAACAAGGAGGUGAAGAAAAGGCAACAGAGAGUUCUCAUGAUUUUAGAAAGUAAAAAUAUACCUUGUGAAAUCAUUGACAUCACUGAGCCGGGGAAGGAAUCGGACAAGGAAUUCAUGCAACAAAACAGCAAACCAAGAGGCGACCAGAAGCAUCCACUUCCUCCUCAGAUCUUCAAUGAUGAUGAGUACUGCGGGGAUUAUGAUGACUUCGACAUGGCCAAUGAAUUAUCGGAGCUUGAGGUCUUCCUAAAGGCGGAGAGUCAUGGCAGCAAACCAUCGAUUGUCAGCAAAGAUGGCUCUAUGGGGGUCCUUGCUAAUGAAUGGCAUCAUAUUUAUAUUUUAAAUCAUAAUUUUUCAUGUUUUCAAAAAAAAUUAUUUGAUGUGACCCGUGGACAGGACUUUCUUGGUUUCGACCUUUCCAAUGAAAAUGAAAAGCUCUUGCCAUUUCUGAAAAUGGCUGUUCCUGAACCGUCACCACCUCCUCAACCCAAGGAAGAGUCGGAUGACGAGAAGCAGACGGAACCUGAAGUUGAAGAGGAGGAGGAGGAGGAGGAGGAAGAGCCAACACCAUCAAGACCUAGACCCAGGCCACCAGGAAAGGUUGCUACUCAAGAUGAUUCUAAUGCAAACAAAGACGGAGAUGAUGAGAAUGCAAACAAAAAUCAAGAAGAGGAGGAGUCAAGCGAGAACAAUGAACACAGGAGGCAAGAAGAAAAUGAGGAAGAGAUGGUGGCUUCUGAAGAUGAUAUGGGAAUUCAAGAGAAUAGAGAAACCCCAACAGAUGAGCCUGUCUCUGGAAAUGCAGAGGAUGAUGCUGCAGAUGCCGAACAGGAGGAGAGUAAAAGAGAUGAAGAAGACCACCAAGAGAAUACAGACAUGGAAGUGUCAGAGGAGUAAUGUCAGCUGUGCAACUCAGGUUUUCUUGAAACUUAAAGCAACAACCAAAAUGAGCAAUGCAACAGAUGUUUUCUUUGUUGCAUUUCAACCUCUUUUACGAGACUCUUGCCAAAAAUAAUGAGCGAAAUAUGCAUGUUGAAGAAUCUCUAUAUCUUGUUUCGAGUUCCUUUCUUUCAAUUUGUAAUAUAAUUUUGCUUCAUGAGUAAUCUCUCUUCAAUGCGCUUGAAUAUUGUGUGCUUCUUUACCACUAUUGAACUGAAUUUUGUUUUCUUCAGGACAGUGAUUCUUUACACUUUUAAUUUCAAAAGGAGUUAAAAGUUUGCUCUUGAAAACUUUGCUCUUUGUUUGUGUCUUAAUAGUUUAAUAAAUUAAUGCCAAGGCAAAACUCAUCAUCCAAAA